UGUUCCCCAUUGCGACGCCAGGGGAACGACGAGACGAAAGCAAGGAAAGGGCGGUUUUCUGCGAUUCUGCGAUUUCGCCUACUUCGUGUCUUGGACGAUACUUCCAGAUAUGACGUUCGUUGCCAAAGAACACCCACACAUCCGAUACAACCCGUUGAAAGAUGAAUGGGUGCUGGUGUCCCCCCAAAGAACGCUACGGCCCUGGUCGGGAAAGACGGAAAAGGCGGUUGAGCGCCCCAUGCCUGCCUUCGAUCCCGAAAACCCACUCUGCCCCGGGGUUCGGAGGGCAAGCGGAGAGGUGAAUCCUGAAUACAAGUCCACCUUUACAUUCAAAAAUGAUUUCCCCGCACUUCUUGAGGAUGCCCCUGGGCCCAAGAGUGACGGAGACGAAUUGUUCCGAAUGGCGGAAGCGAAAGGAACUUGCCUUGUCAUGUGCUUCCACCCAUCUUCCAACGUCACAUUGCCCCUGAUGGCUCGUGAAGAAGUUGAGACGGUUAUUGAUGAAUGGGCAUCGCAGACUGCUGAACUCGGAAAGAAGUACACCUGGGUUCAGGUUUUUGAGAACAAGGGAGACAUUAUGGGGUGCUCCAAUCCCCACCCUCACUGUCAGAUCUGGGCAAGCUCGUUUCUGCCGAAUGAACCUCGCAUAAAGGACAGAACCCAACGAGCGUAUUAUGAAAAGCACGGGAAGCCACUUCUCGUGGACUACAUUAGCAAAGAAUUGGUGAAGCGAGAACGAAUUGUCAUUGAAACCAAGUACUGGGUUGCAGUCGUCCCCUUCUGGGCCGUAUGGCCAUACGAAACUAUGUUGGUGCCAAAGCGACACGUGACCAGGCUGUUCGAUCUGGAUGCUGCCGAGAGAUCAGACUUGGCAGAUGCCAUGAAGAUGUUACUGACCAAAUACGACAACCUCUUUCAGGUGUCGUUUCCAUAUUCCAUGGGAUGGCACGGUGCCCCCACUGGCAAGUUUGACAAGGAAGACAUGGCACACUGGCAACUGCAUGCUAUCUACCUGCCUCCACUACUUCGUUCGGCAGCCGUAAAGAAGUUCAUGGUCGGAUACGAAAUGCUGGCACAACCUCAACGGGAUCUCACUCCUGAACAGGCAGCUGCGACAUUGCGACAGCAGCCCGACAUUCACUACAAGGUGUCCGGCCAUGAAUGACCUAAAUAUCUUCAAGUAGUCUAGUCUUGGUCUAGUCUUGGUCUAGUCUAGUUUGAUAGUCAUUACUCGGCAUCUGUACUCAUUGACAGUAACCACAAGUUCCUUGCACUUUAGAAAGUGCCCGGUUUGAAUGGUUUGUGACACAAAUAUUUUUUUACAAUGAAUAACAGUCACUAAGAAAAAAGUUCACAAAGGUGUUCCUAAAGCAAUGACUUUGUGUUGCUGCGUUCUGUACUGCCAUUUGUGGUACAUGAAUGUUUGUUUUUUUGCUGCAAUAAAAAUUAUAACCAAAGGUUUAGUGAUGGAGGUGGCAAUUGACCUUUCGUAGCAGGUUCUGUAGCAGGCGAAAUACUGGUUUGGAGCAGCUAUUGAUGCUUUUGGAACAGAUGCCAACAUCUGUUAGCUCAUCACUUGAAAAUGAAAAAGUGAUUGCAUUGCCAGAUGAGUUCAUCUUUGAUAAUUAUGGAGGGUUCCUCUUUGAUACUGCAGCAUAUUACUUGUUAUUUUUUGUAAUAAGAAUGCUGGGUCGUCGAUAUAAAUAUGGAAAAUUCAUCGUAUUCAGGAAAACGCACCGAGGCAAAGAUGAAACGAAUAUUGACCGUUUUCUGUGCUUAGCUCAAUCUGCCGUAACAUCGUCCUGGCUGACAGAUUAUCUAAAUGUCUUGGCAAUGCUGUAAACUUGUGUCUUCUUGUAGCCACACCACGCAAUAAUUUUUUUAGGUGACUCUCCAGCGUGAAGUGAUCCGAGUAUUGCUGCCCUCCGAUUGUAUUCCCUGCUCUUUUUUGAGCAAGUCGGGAAUUUUUCGUCAUGCGAUGGCCCGCUGUCGAAUCAUGUGACCGCAUAAGCACAAUACAGCCGGUUAGCUUCACUGUAUUGUUGAGAGACGAAAUCUGGAAAAAGUCUGGAUUUAUCUCGACGACCCUGUAGAUAGGGUGCAAAAAAAACACAGAGCCUUCCUUUCAUAAAUAAAGCUCCGGUCAGAGUAAGUUCCAUAAACAAUGGGCACUAAAAAAUUGAGACAGUCUUGUGUUUAUCCUCUGUUUGUAGCCUCCAUCUUGUGUUUUAGAAAUGUUUACCUUUAACCAGCUUGCCCACCUUAUUACGUUAUCACAAAAAAAAUGUUGAAAAAUUUAUCAUAGUGCACCACUUAAUUGGAAUAAAGCCUCUCUCCUCUCGCACUUUUACACCCGGUAUUUUAUUUAGCUCAUAAAUAAUUUCUAUAAAAUGCCAGCAAAACCCAGCACAUCUGCUAACACGCCUCGAUAAAAAUGCACCCCCCAAGUUUUAUGAACUUACCGAACUCAAGACUCUAAUAUUAUAAACUAUAAAAACAGUCACCCACAAAUAUUACGAAAACCUACAAUUGUGCUUUAAAAGUGACAUUGCACUUCAGCGGCGCUGGAACCAGAGGAAAGUCGAAGUUUGCUUCUCUUCCGAUCGACAGCGGCACGGAAACUACCUCCACUACCGUAUUUAUUCAAAUAUAGACCCAGAUUUUUUUUCUCUUUCUUGGCACAUUUUUUUUAAUGUUUUUAUUAGAGAUCUCAAUUUACAAUCAAGACCAAAGAAGGUAGACUCGUAAUAGUACCGAGUAUAAUUUCUGAGCCUACCGCGCUAACCCAGGUGCUCACCCAUGUCAGCUGCUGCUUCUAGCACUCCGGUGCAAAGUGGAGAAGCUCAACGCGCAAGCGCUGAUGAGAGGCGGCAUGCAGGCAUAUGGCAGACAUGAUAAUCAAGUGAUCUCAUCAGGGGUCCAAGACCCUGGCUCUAUUUUAUCACAGUAGCUGCCAUCCUACUAUCUUGCUGCAUUUUCUCGCAACUUUUUGCUCCCGACGUCGCCGACAUCGCCUGGAAAUGUAGACGUCGGCGGUACCAGCCAGGGCAUUUGACGAGCAAUCUUUAUACCUUGUUUCAGAAUUUAAAGUGCAGUCGACGCUAUGGGCCAAUGGUACCAACCGAACAGCAUCAAAGCGCAACAUUGUGGCAUUUGUUCAUUUGCCUGUGCAUGUUCUUUCGUUGGCGAAACCAAUCAAGUGCAGAGCGUGUCCCGUAACUUGCGCUUUUACUGUGGACUUGUGAUAACUCAAACCCUGAUAUUUCGUACUUCCGGUUAAUUCGAACGAAUUUAAAACUUUUGAUUGUCACGCUGUGUUUUCAAUGCAUUUAUAAGCCGCUUAAUUCAACCAGCGUUUUCGCUUAAUUCAUAUUAUUUGUUGAUCGCAGCGGGUUAGCCCCGUUGAGUGCGUUUCUCAAGGAGCACAUCUGUACUGCGGGAAAGUAAUACCCGCAAAGCUCGCAGUCAUUGCUUUUUUGCAGUGCGCACGCAGGUGCUCGGUGAGAAGUACGCUCGAUGGAAAGCAAAACUGCACGGACAAUCUACUUUCAUUAUUCAUGCUUGUUUUUUU